AUGAACAACUUCCAGGUCAUCGUGUCACAGUUUUUCGAGUGGGAAACAUCUGUAGUGGCACGAUGGCCUCUUCCAUUUUUAGUAUUGCCGCCUUUACUUACAGUUUUCUUAGUUGUGGCAGCUGCAUCAGAUUUCGAACUGAACACUACCAAUGAAACCCUACAGAUUUUUCUUCCCGAUAGUAUGGAGAGCAUCUCGGACUUCAAAAAAUUGAUCUCCUUAUUUCCUCCCCGAGACGCGCAGAGGGAUACUUAUUCAGUUUUUGGAUCAAAAUUUGCUUCAAUUCUGUUCGAAGACAACGGUGGAAAUGCUGUUUCUCCACAAGCGAUAGAAGAACUUGCGAAGCUGCACAGAUCUAUCAUUAAACUGAAGGUCAAAGACAACAUUUCGUUCUCAACAAUCUGUCUUCGCCAUCACGAUUCCUGCGCAUUGCACCCGUUGGGCUAUGCGCUUGAAGACGAUGAACCGGUACUCUCGGUGCAGUUCUUGCUUCGCUAUCCUAUGUUGCGGUUUGGAGACUUGUCUGUUGACAAUGCCUUAGUUUUUGGCGAUGUCCAGGUGGAUGAAGCGCGAAAAGACGAAGAAGGAAAUGCUUCUAUAGAGUUAGCAAAAGCCGUACGCCUGUUCUACUUACUGGAACCGACUAUGGAAGCGGAGAGUUGGAUAGAUGUAUUUCUGGAACACAUGGCUAACUAUCAAAGCAAUUCGUCACGCAUUUUUUACACCUCAUCAAAAAGUCUUGGAAGUGAAAUGGAACGGAAUGGAGCGUUACUGAUCCCUUGGAUGCCUUGGGCUGCACUAAUUUUGAUCAUCUUCUGCAUGAUUUCCUGCUCAUCUAGAGAUGUAGUUCGAUUUGUCGAAGCGCUUACUGAAACAGCCGCUUCUUUGUUCUUAACGUCACUUACGGAUGGUCUUUCAUUCUCGAUUGGUAGUGUUUCGGACUUUUACGCUGUUCGGGUGUUCUGCACUUACUGUGCUAUGGCAAUACUCUUCAUGUUUUUAUUUCAAGUGACAUUUUUCAACGCAGUGAUGGUGCUUUGCUGUAGAAGGGAACUUGCAGGAAGGCACUCGCUACUAUGCUAUAGGGUGCCGAAAAAAGAACCUAAGCUACAGUUGGACAGACGUUCUCACCCAACUAAGGCCUGCUAUGGAGCAAAGCUAGCAAAGAUCGUUUCUACUGUACCUGCCAAAAUUAUCAUCGUCAUUGUUUACGUUGUUUACCUCGCCGCAUCGAUAAACUAUGCUUUAGUGCUUCCUCUCGGUUUGGACCUAAAGCUGUUGGCCCCUCUCGGUUCCUAUGCAGCCGAAGAGCUAAGGGCACAAGAGCGCCUUUUCCGCGACUACGGACCAUACUGCUUUGCUGUUGUGCAUCUGCAGAAUAAAUCAUUGGGGAAUCCAGAGGAGAGAAAAAGGCUGUUGCAACUCUACGAUAAUCUUUCGAGCUCACGAUACGCUUCGAAAGCCGAGUUUUGGUUGGAGGAUUUCGAAAGCGCCAACAGAAACAAAGCUUUUUCCACUGAUAGAUUGAACUCUGCAAUCAGUAAACUGCUCACUACGAAAUCGCAGUUUAAGAGCGAUAUUAGGUUUAAUCUCAACGGGGAUAUCGAAGCUACGAAAAUGCUGCUAAGAAUUCGCUCUCUCAAUCCGUCAAACGAUAAACCUCGAGCAGAAUAUUUAAGAAGUACAAUUCGGAAUAGUGGCUUUGAUGGCUUUGCUUACGACACAAGGUAA